AUGUAUGUGUAUAUUUUUACACAUAUAUAUAAAUAUGUUUGUAUAUUUAUGUAUGUACACAUAUAUGUGUAUACAUAUGUAUACAUAUGUGUGUAUAUGUAUAUUUACGUGUGUUGUAUACAUACAUGUGUAUAUGCAUACAUGUGUAUUGUAUAUAUGUAUGUAUAUGUGUGUAUAUACAUACACAUAUACAUA